CAAGAUCGUCUUGGCUCAGCCAUUCCUGUGACUUUGACUCGUGCAACUUUUCGCCUUUGCCCUGUCAUGGCGGCAGCGGCAGCGCGGAAACUGCAAAAGGACAUCGAGGUGGUCCUGAAGAAAGGUCAUGAGGGGACCGAAGAGUUCGAGGAGUUGUGGGAUCAGAUGGCCAACGCACAGGGCCCGCAGAAGGAAAGAUUGGGCGAGGAGCUCAAAAAGUGCAUCAACAAGCAGCAGAGACUCAGAUCUCAGAUGAGGGAUUGGCUGGGAUCCAGUGCAGUUCCCAGCAAUCUCAAAGACAAGCUCGAAGAAGGCAGAAAGCUUAUUGAGAUCGACAUGUCCAGAUUCAAAGACUUCGAGCGGGAGUUCAAGACCAAAGCGUUCUCCGGUGCAGGUCUGGCGAAGAUGGAUGAGCUUGACUUAGAGGAGGCUGAGAAGCAGAAGUACCAGGACUGGUUGGCUCAGAACAUCCAGGCGCUGAAAGACUCGCUGGAUCAAUUCGAGGCGGAUUACCAGAUGCUGAAGGGCAAGAAGUCUCUGGGCAAUGACGACAAGGCUCGCUUGCAAAAGCUAGAGAUCGCGCAGGAGAGAACUCGAUGGCACAUCAAGAAGCUUGAGCAGCUUCUGCGUGCCGUCAACAAUGACGCUGUAGAGAUCAGCGACCUCGCGGUCGUCCGGGACAGCAUCGAGCUGUUCGUGGAUGCCGGCGAGGACACGGAUUGUGCUCACGACGAGUACCUUUAUGACGGCUUUGAGCUGACCGAGUUUGAAGAGAAGGCACUUCCGCGACAAGAAGAAGUCAGGGAUGAGCCUGCUGGUAGCAAGGAGGAGGCCCAGAAGAAGAACAAGAAGGAGGAGAAGAAGAAAAAGGAAGAGAAGAAAGAGAAGGCCAAGAUUGACAAGACGAAGAUCAUCGCAACCAAAGCCAAGCCGGUGAAGGUUGAGAGUGCCGAUUUGAAGUUGGAGCCGGAGGAACAGAAAGUGCAGGAAGAUCAGCUGCUCACUGAGAGGGAAGAGUUCAUCUGCAAGAUCUGCCAGAUCCAUGUGGUCGGAUGCCGCCCAAAGCUCACCAGCUGCUCGCACCUCUUUUGUGGAGACUGCAUUGCCCAGUGGUUCAACCAGCACCCGGACACACAGACCUGGGCACAGCGAGCAAAAGCUGCUGGUCCUGACCGAUGUGUACCUUGCCCAGUUUGCAAGAACAUCUUGAAUGAGAAUCAGGACCUGGUUUCAGUGUCUUCGGACACACAGCGAGGUGAGAACGUGCUGCUUUGGAGGAUGCUUUCUGGCUUGCGCAUUAUUUGCCAGAACAACCCCAAGCUGCGCAAAGACGGCAAGUGCGACUGGCAGGGAGAGUAUGGCACAUACCAGAAGCACUGGGAGGUUUGCCAGAACAUGCCGCUGGCAGACGGGGACCAUCCAGAGGCGAAGACCGUGGAGAAGCCCCAGCCGAGCCCUGCGCCUGCGAAGCAGAUGGCCAAAGCCUCGCCGGCCAAGGCCUCGCCGAAGGCAACGGCCAAGUCUUUCCCGGCGCCGGCGCCGGCUCCCAAAGUACCAGCGGCACCCAUGGCGCCUGCAGCACCGGCUGCUGCACCAGCAGCCCCCGCAGCCACUGUUCCAGUGGCGCCUGCAGCGCCAACAGCGCCAGCAGCGCCAGCAGCGCCCGCGCCGGUCACCCGGCCAGAGGAAAGGCCGCAGCAAACGCCUGCACCCGUGCCCGCACCCGCGGCUACGCCGGCGCCAGCGCCAGUCCCAGCGCCAGCUGUGACCCCUGCUCCCACGCCGGCACCUGCUGUGCAGCCAGCGCCGCAGGUCCAGCCUCGGAGAGAGGAGCCUCCAGCGCCGCAGGUGGGAGCUGGCUACCAAGGCCAUGCGGUGGGCCAUUUCGACCCUACAGGGCCCACCAUGGUGCCAGUGCGCCAGGGAGAUCUGAUCGAGAUCUUGGAGACUCACGUCACCGGCUGGAGCUACGCCAAGAACCUCACAGUCAAAACUGCCGCGGGUUGGGUGCCGUCGUGGAUUGUCCCCGCACCGGCAGCAGCUCCAGCAGCACCAGUGGCCCCAGCCCCGGCGGCCCCGGCAGCCCCAGUGGUGCCGGCGUUGCCAGUGGCCGUGACGGCUCCGGCGCCCGCACCGGCGCCCGCGCCGGCGCCAACUCCCGCUCCAGUGGCAUCGGUUGCACCGGUGGCACCGGCUCGGGCCAAGGCGGAAGAGAAGCAUUUGGUGCAGACCAGGGACAGAGAUCGGGAAGCUCGGGCGGCACCCACAGCCCCAGCGCAGGUUUUGCAGCGACCAACUCCAGAAGCUGAUGCCAAGCGGAAUGUGGUGAGAGAUUUGGUACGAGCUUCGCGGAACUUUUCCUCUGGAAGCGAGUCUCAGAUGUCUGUGGGCACCACGGAUCUCCUGGAGAUUGUCGAGCGCCACUCUACUGGCUGGACGUUUGGCCGGAAGAUGGUGCAAGGUUCUGCCGUCUCUGAGGGCUGGUUUCCUGAUUGGGUCUGCCAGAACCCGUAGAUUGCCAUAGUUGUCCAGGGUGGACUUUUCACUUCCCGCUGACCUGACGACGCGCGUCUCGUGCAGUCGGAGUCUGUCGCGGAUUGAGAUUGC